GACUCCCUGAAUGAAAGAAAACAAUGGAGUUUGGGUUUUAUGGACAGUGUCCAUGGUAAUCGUUUUUAGCGACGAGAAAUGAAAGGCCUCUCUAAAAUCAAAGCAUUGCUCAUUGAUCUGAGUGGAACCAUUCAUAUUGACAAUGAGGCCAUUCCCGGUGCAGUACAAGCCGUUCAACUCUUGCGCGAGCACAAAAUUCCGUUUCAGUUUGUAACAAACACCACCAAAGAAUCACAGAUCCGACUUUGUCACCGUCUGAAUAAACUCGGAUUUGAUGUAACAUCUCAGGAAAUUUAUAGCUCCCUCUCUGCCGCCAAAAGGCUGAUUGUGAGCCAAGAAUUGAGGCCAAUGCUUCUCCUGGAAGAGGAAGCCUUGGAGGAUUUUCAAGAUGUAUCAACAGACAAUCCGAAUGCUGUUGUAAUAGGCCUCGCGCCUUCAAAGUUCAAUUAUAACACCUUGACUGAGGCUUUCAAUUUAGUUUUGGGCGGGGCCUCUCUCAUAGCAAUUCACAAGGCUCGAUAUUUUAGGACAUCGGCAGGAUUAGCCCUCGGUCCGGGAGGUUUUGUAACCGGAUUGGAAUACUCCACGGGUGAAAAAGCGGUUGUCGUUGGGAAACCGGAAAAAGAGUUUUUCCGAUCCGCUUUGGAGCAUUUGAAAGGUCGAAAUGUUUCACUCAACUCUUUAAGAUUGGAAGAUACCCUGAUGAUCGGGGACGAUGUAAAAGAUGACAUAAAUGGUGCCCAAGAAGCUGGACUUAAGGGAGCUUUGGUAAAAACUGGAAAAUACUCGGAUGGCGAUGAAGAAAAAGUCGCUCAACCUCCGGAUUUAGUUUUUGACAGUUUCCCCAAAUUAAUAGAGGAGUAUUUAAGUUCCAAUAGCUGAGGUCUUACGAUACUCUGUUAUGAAUAGUAACGUUACUGUUUAUUACAUAUCGAGCGUGAUGUUUUGUUAUCAUUAAGAUGGAACAAUAAUGAAUUAUGAAUAUACGGAGUCAUGUUGUUCGCA